CAUAAAAGUUCAGUGAUCAUUUAAUUAAUAGCUUCAAAUUUGAUUGACUGAUUCUGUAGUUGACCCCACAAUAACUUCGUCGCUCUCUUCUCGGCCCAGAUCUAGAGAGCUCAGAGUAGAGGGAGAGAGGAACCGCAAUACAAAUUUCGUCUCUCUACUCUAUUUUUUCCUUCGUCUUCCUUCGACUUCAUGUCUUCUACCUUCUUCUCUUUUUUGCUCCGUUGAUCUUACGGCUUUACUCCCUAAAAAGCAGUUGACGUAAUCGCAUUUUCGCUCUCUAGUAUACCGUCACUGGAGCUCUUGUUCGCCGGCGCUCACUCGCUUUUGGUUGUGGCUGCGAUUCUUGUUCGUCCUGCCGAUCUUUCUUUUACUGCUCAGAUCUAAGGUAAAUUCCUUGUGAUUUCUUCUGUAAAUCGGUUAUUUGCAGUGUUAAGGCCAUGGAUUCUUGUGGAUCCUAGUUAGUUGGAUUCGGGUGUACUGUUCCCCAUUCAUGCGAGUUCAUGUUUAAUCGGAGUGAAUUCUCGAUGCUGGAUGGGGAAGAUGUGAAAUUUGAGUGUUUUCUCGGUAGUUAAGUCUGAGAAUUGGUGCGGGUAAAUCGAUUGAUGCGUUUCUUCAAUUAGUUUGAGGUGUAGUUGAAUGCCUGAUUUCGAUCUAACUGGAGCUUGUAUUGUUUGUUUGCUUCGCUGUUUCGUUGGUCAAGGAAAGAUGCUGACGAAAUUCGAGACGAAGAGUAAUAGAGUGAAGGGAUUGAGUUUCCAUUGCAAGAGGCCAUGGAUCUUGGCCAGUCUCCACAGUGGUGUGAUUCAGCUAUGGGACUAUCGAAUGGGGACUCUGAUUGACCGGUUUGAUGAGCAUGAUGGCCCGGUUCGUGGGGUUGAUUUUCACAGAUCUCAGCCUCUGUUUGUCUCAGGAGGCGAUGAUUACAAGAUUAAAGUUUGGAAUUACAAGCUGCAUAGGUGUCUCUUUACUCUUCUGGGUCACCUGGAUUACAUCCGUACUGUGCAGUUUCAUCAUGAAAACCCAUGGAUCGUGAGUGCGAGCGAUGAUCAAACUAUCCGCAUAUGGAACUGGCAGUCUCGUACUUGCAUUUCUGUGCUGACAGGCCAUAAUCAUUAUGUUAUGUGUGCCUCAUUCCAUCCUAAAGAAGAUCUUGUUGUGUCAGCUUCUCUGGACCAGACUGUCCGUGUUUGGGACACUGCUGCAUUGAGAAAAAAAACUGUGUCUCCUGCUGAUGAUAUCAUGCGUUUGGGUCAGCUGAAUGGAGAUCUUUUUGGUGGUAUCGAUGCAGUUGUUAAAUAUGUCUUGGAAGGUCAUGACCGUGGAGUAAACUGGGCUUCGUUCCAUCCAACACUUCCUUUGAUUGUCUCUGGAGCGGAUGAUCGUCAAGUGAAGUUAUGGCGUAUGAAUGAUACAAAGGCAUGGGAAGUGGACACUUUGAGGGGGCACAUGAACAAUGUUUCGAGUGUUAUGUUCCAUGCCAAGCAAGAUAUCAUCGUGUCUAAUUCAGAGGACAAAAGUAUUCGAGUUUGGGAUGUAACUAAGAGAACUGGGCUUCAAACUUUCCGUCGCGAGCAUGACCGGUUCUGGAUCCUUGCUGCUCACCCUGAGAUGAAUCUUCUUGCUGCUGGUCAUGACAGUGGCAUGAUUGUGUUCAAGUUGGAGAGAGAAAGGCCUGCUUUUGCUGUGAGCGGCGACUCUCUGUUUUAUGCAAAGGAUCGGUUUCUGCGCUUUUUUGAGUAUUCCAGUCAGAAGGAAAACCAGGUAAUUCCCAUCAGGCGACCUGGUACCACAAGCUUGAAUCAGAGUCCAAGAACUCUUUCUUACAGCCCUACAGAGAAUGCAGUUCUUUUGUGCUCAGAUGUGGAUGGGGGGUCCUAUGAGUUGUAUAUCACUCCAAAGGAUAGCUUUUCGAGGGGCGAUACUGUACAGGAAGCAAAGAGAGGGGCAGGGGGUUCAGCUGUCUUCAUUGCCCGAAAUAGGUUUGCGGUGCUAGACAAAAGCAGCAAUCAAGUGUUAGUCAAGAACCUAAAGAAUGAGGUGGUUAAAAAGAGCGGUCUUCCCAUUGCUACAGAUGCAAUUUUCUAUGCAGGGACUGGGAAUGUGCUUUGCAGAGCUGAGGAUAGGGUGAUCAUCUUUGAUCUUCAGCAGAGACUUGUGAUUGGGGAGCUUCCCACACCUUUUGUGAAGUAUGUUGUUUGGUCCAAUGACAUGGAAACUGUUGCCUUAUUGAGCAAGCAUGCAAUUGUAAUUGCAAAUAAAAAGCUUGUUCAUCAAUGCACCCUUCAUGAAACAAUCCGUGUAAAGAGUGGAGCCUGGGACGACAACGGUGUUUUCAUAUACUCCACUCUAAACCACUUCAAAUAUUGCCUUCCGAAUGGUGAUAGUGGUAUAAUCAAAACCCUUGAGGUCCCACUUUACAUUACUAAGGUCUCUGGAAAUACUAUCAUGUGUCUGGAUAGAGAUGGGAAGAAUAGGGCUAUUGCCAUUGAUGCUACAGAGUACAUGUUCAAACUUUCUCUUUUCAAGAAGAGAUAUGAUCAUGUUAUGAGCAUGAUUAGGAACUCGCAGCUGUGCGGUCAGGCCAUGAUUGCUUAUCUGCAGCAGAAGGGAUUCCCUGAAGUUGCUUUGCAUUUUGUCAAGGACGAAAGGACCCGAUUCAAUUUGGCUCUAGAGAGUGGGAACAUACAGAUUGCUGUUGCUUCAGCUAAGGAAAUUGAUGAAAAAGAUCAUUGGUACAGGCUAGGAGUUGAAGCCCUUCGCCAGGGAAAUACUGGUAUUGUUGAAUAUGCCUAUCAGAGAACCAAGAAUUUUGAGAGGUUGUCCUUCUUGUAUUUGAUAACGGGGAAUCUGGAGAAACUGUCAAAAAUGUUAAAAAUUGCUGAGGUCAAGAACGAUGUCAUGGGCCAGUUUCACAAUGCUCUCUACUUGGGUGACAUUCAGGAGCGUGUGAAGAUCCUCGAGACUGCUGGCCAAAUACCCCUAGCAUACAUAACAGCUAAACUGCAUGGGCUGGAGGAAGUAGCUGAGCGCUUAGCAGCUGAAUUAGGAGAUAACAUUCCAUCUUUGCAUGAGGGUAAAGUUCCUUCUCUUCUCACACCUCCAACCCCAAUCACCUGUUCUGGUGAUUGGCCUCUACUGAGAGUAAUGAAAGGUAUAUUUGAAGGGGGUCUUGAAAAUGCAGCCAGAAUUGAUGAUGAUGAAGAAGAAGCCGCUGAAGGUGAUUGGGGUGAGGAACUGGAAAUGGUUGAUGCAGAUGGUUUACAGAAUGGUGAUGUCACAGCUGCUUUGGAGGAUGGUGAAGCAGCUGAAGACAACGAUGAGGAAGGAGGUUGGGAUCUUGAAGACUUGGAUCUGCCUCAAGAGGCCGACACACCGAAAGCUUCUGUUACUGCUCGGUCUUCAGUUUUUGUGGCUCCAACUCCCGGAAUGCCUGUCAGUCACAUAUGGACUCAAAAGUCAUCACUUGCUGCUGAGCAUGUGGCGGCUGGCAAUUUCGAUACUGCUAUGAGAUUGCUCCAUAGGCAGAUUGGAAUUAAGAAUUUUGACCCAUUGAAAUCUAUGUUCCUUGAUCUUUACACUGGAAGUCAGUCUUACUUGCGUGCUAUCUCAGCAACUUCGGUGGUAGCACUAGCGGUUGAACGGUGGAAUGAGUCUGCAAGCCCCAACGUAAGAGGUGGUCCAGCACUGAUAUUCAGUUUUGCGGAUUUGGAAGAGAAGUUGAAGGCUGGUUAUAAAGCCACCACAGCUGGGAAAUUUACGGAGGCUUUGAAGCUCUUCCUUAUCAUUCUUCACACAAUUCCUCUUAUUGUUGUGGAGACAAGGAGGGAAGUUGAUGAAGUCAAAGAGCUGAUUAUUAUUGUUAAGGAAUAUGUUCAGGGGCUACAGAUGGAACUCAAGAGGAGGGAAAUGAAGAACGACCCUGUUCGUCAACAAGAGCUUGCUGCUUACUUUACCCAUUGCAACCUUCAAACCCCUCACUUGAGACUAGCUUUGUUGAAUGCAAUGACGGUCUGCUACAAGGCGAAGAACUUUGCUACAGCUGCUAACUUUGCUAGGCGGCUUUUGGAGACUAACCCACCAGUUGAGAAUCAUGCAAAGACAGCGAGGCAAGUGCUGGCAGCUUCUGAGAGGAACAUGACGGAUGCUACUCAGCUGAGCUAUGAUUUCAGGAAUCCGUUUGUUGUGUGCGGUGCUACUUAUGUUCCGAUAUACCGAGGACAAAAGGAUGUAUCUUGCCCUUACUGUUCUGCCCGAUUUGUUCCUGACCAAGAGGGGCAGAUUUGUGCUGUCUGUGGUCUUGCUGUUGUUGGGGCAGAUGCUUCGGGCUUGAUAUGUUCAUCCUCUCAAAUACGGUAAUCAAGAUGUUGAACUAGCACCGGGUUUCCUGGUCACUUUUCAGCCCAGCCUGAACUGUGAGAGGCGGAGUUUCGGAGUAAUAUUUACUUCAGGCCGGGUGUAUAGAUAGGAAGUGAUGGAAACUGAGCGAGUAAAACUUCCUGAGCUGUUUUUCCCCUUACCCACUUAUGUUGCUGCCUUGUUUUUCCAAAAUAUCUUACUUUUAGUUCGGUUUCUUGGAUGUAAUAAACCAACUUUGAGAAUUUUGGAGCAACUCUCUAUUCAUGGUAGCUUGUUGAUAGAGUUGGUCAAGAUUGAUGAUGCCCAUAUUGGUUUUGACUACUUAAAUGAUGGUUGUUGUUAUUGGGUUGUUUGCAAGUCUAAGCUCAGUCGCUUUAUGCAUUCUUCUUAUACACCGUUGUUUAUUAUCAGCAGUAGUUGCUGGGCCACAUUUCCGUUGUGUCCAAGUCGAAAUGUGGAACCUCGUGUGGGUUAUUUGCUUUACCUUCUUGGUGCUCGAUACAUAGGAACUAACGCCUGGCUUGCCAUCUAUAGGAGUACAACAGUCGAAAGACGAUAUCUUUCUGUGAUAUUGAGGACUAUUCAGUCCAACUCCAACAGCGACAUCUGCCAGAAAGAAGUUGGAUGUCGCCUUAACGGUUUUCGCCUGCUUAGGUACAUUUGCUGCCGUUUGAAUGGAAAUAUGGGGUGUCUGGCGGGGGACGAUGGGGAUUGCGAUUUUGGUAUUAAACUGUUGUUGACUAGGCAUGCUUACUGCUUGAAUGAAAAGUUAUGCGGAAA